AUGCUCCUCCUCCAACUCAACAUGGCGCCGAAGAAGGAUAAGGUUCCGCCGCCGUCAUCUAAACUGGCCAAAUCCGGAGGUGGAAAGCAUAAAAAGAAGAAAUGGAGCAAGGGAAAGCAAAAGGACGGGGUGAACAACAUGGUGUUGUUUGAUCAGGCUACUUACGACAAGCUUCUCACCGAGGCACCCAUGUUUAAGCUCAUCACCCCUUUCAUUUUCUCCGACCGUAUGAGGUGUCUGAGAGUGGAGCCUUGUAAUGUCAAUGUCGUGGAGCCUUGUAGCAUCAAUAUCGUGGAGCCUUGUAGUGUCAAAGAGUUUGAUCACGGAGUCUUGUAG